AUGGCAAAUCAGAUGUGGGCGACAGGCCCAAAGCGAGUUACCCUCAAGGAGGAUUCGAAUGAUGGCAAACAAUGUUCAGCAGAAGCACAAAAUACUGUUGCGAUUAGCUACCAAAGAUCAAACAGCUCAACAACGGGAGAAUCUACUCGCGGGUUGUUCCAUACAAAUGAGCUCUUAGGGAUCCCGUCGAAGCUGGGAUGCAACGGCGAAAUGUUAUGCCGGUAG